CACCUCCAUCCCACAGCCAUGUCCUGCUACGAUCUGUGCCGUCCCUGUGGGCCAACCCCACUGGCCAACAGCUGCAACGAGCCCUGUGUCAGGCAGUGCCAGGACUCCCGUGUGGUGAUCCAGCCCUCUCCCGUGGUGGUGACCCUGCCCGGACCCAUCCUCAGCUCCUUCCCCCAGAACACCGCCGUGGGAUCCUCCACCUCUGCUGCUGUUGGCAGCAUCCUGAGUGAGGAGGGAGUGCCCAUCAACUCUGGGGGCUUCAGCCUCUCUGGCCUUGGUGGCCGCUACUGUGGCAGAAGGAGCCUGCCCUGCUAAGCCCAGGUUGGAUGUCCAGUGAGUGCAUGGACCAGGAAGCCCAAAGCCAGGUGCCGGACUGAGGACACUGCUGCUGGCCAGAGUUCCCAGGCAGGCUGAGAAUCCUUGUGUCCUCCUGCAAGGGAGGGAGACAAGCAAGAUGCCAGCCUGUGCUGUCUGGAAACACAGCCAGCUGAAGUCUUCUCCUGCUUUGCUCUCUGAAACAUGAGUCCCUGUUACCUCCUGCUGUCC